AUGGAAGAAUUAAAAUUAAAGUCCCCAUUGAUCAUAGCAGUAUUAGAUGAUUCAAAAUCCAAUGAUAUAGUUGCUGCCAAAUUAGCUUCAUUUCUGAAAUACCCUCUCAUUGAUCAAAAUGAUAUCACUAGAGCCCUUCUAAACUUAAUCACACCAACCCAACUCCCUGAUGAAUUAACAAGCAGCUUACCUUUCGAAACUGUUUGUCAAAUCACUUCAACCCAACUCGGUUUGAAUAUCAAUCUUGUCCUCAAUCUUGCGCUCUCCCACAGUGCUCAUCUCGAAAAAUUGGUAGAAUUGGCAAGUUCAAGAAAAGCUCAUUUGAUCAUCAUGGAAUGCGGAACCCUGAAGAAUAAUAAUCGCGGUUAUGAUAUUGAGCGAGUGCCAAAGAUUAGAGUUGAUAAAAAUUCACUUGAUGUGCAGAAAAUUGUGUCUGAAAUGUUCAUUUUACUGAAGAAAAAGGAUCAAAGCCUGGAAAAAAGCAACAUCAGACAACCGACAAAUGAUCACUUGCAUGCGUUGAACUUUUAUGACCAGCAGAAAAACAUUGAAUUUGAAUGUAGAAGAUGCUCAAGACCCUGUGAUGGCACUUUCUAUAAAUGGGAAGAUUGCGAUGAAUUUACGCUUCACAAAGUUUGUGCAGAGUCUGCUUCAAAAACAUUCAUUCCAUGUGCAUGCCUAUGGAAAGCCAAGCCAUCGAUGCUAUUAUUAGCAGGAAAAUGUUAAUCAAACAAGAAUUGAGGAGGCACAGGCUUUAUGAGUUGAA